UCCAUGGGAGCCAGGCAUUAAUUAGCCCUCUGUUAAUGCCCUGAGGAUGCUGCCUGAGGCUUGUUUUAAAUGCAAAGCUUCUUACAGCUGGAGCAUUUUGUCUCCUGAAGACAACUGGGAGCACAUCUCCCCCUCCCCGACCCCUUCUUGUCCCUGUGCCCAAAUAACUGUCCCGAUUAUUGCAGUUUGUUGUUUGGCUCCUACAACCCAGCCCCGGAUGCGGGUUUUGAGGUCGGAGGGGCGGAAGGAGGGACGUGAUGGAGGGAAAGUUGCAGCUCUCUGAGGGGUCUAUAAGAGCAACCUGCAGCCAGCAAAGCUGCUCCCCCCCUCCCUGCCACCCUCACAGCCGGGUGGGUGCCUGAGGAUGGCUGGAGCUGCUCCCAGGGCUCAGCCUGGGGCCCUCCUGACCUCACUCUCACCGUCCCCCCAGCUGGGAGCUCUGGCUGUGACUCUGGGGGUGCUGCUGGCCCUGCUGGGCUGCGCCGCCGCCCCGGAUCCCACCCUGGAGGAGGCCUGGGAAGGGUGGAAGAGUCUCCAUGCCAAGGAGUAUCCAGGGGAGGAUGAGACCUUCCGCAGGGAGAUCUGGGAGAAGAACCUGCGCCACAUCCAGCAGCACAACUGGGAGGAGGCGCAGGGGAAGCACAGCUACCGCCUGGCCAUGAACCACUUCGGGGACCUGACAAACGAGGAGUUUAAGCGGCUCCUGAACGGCUUCAUCCCAGCGCAGCAGGAGGAGCUGGGGCCGGUCUUCCGAGCCUCAGAGACCCUGAAGACCCCAGUGAGAGUGGACUGGCGGGCCAAGGGCUACGUGACACCCGUGAAGAACCAGGGGUUCUGCGGGUCCUGCUGGGCAUUCAGUGCCACGGGGGCCUUGGAGGGGCUGAUGUUCAAGCGGACGGGGAAGCUGGUGGUGCUGAGCGAGCAGAACCUCAUCGACUGCACCCGAAAGCUGGGCAACCGCGGCUGCUGCGGUGGCCACAUGGAACGAGCCUUCCAGUACGUGCGCGACAACGGCGGCCUCAACUCGGAGCGUGUCUACCCCUACGUGGGCACGGACAACUCCCGCUGCCGAUACAACCCCCGGGACAAGGCGGCCAACUGCUCCGGCUUCGUGAGGGUGGCGCGGGGCAGCGAGGAGGCCCUGGCGCAGGCGGUGGCCACCGUGGGCCCGGUGUCGGUGUCGGUGGACGCCAGCUCCUUUCGCUUCUACAAGUCGGGCCUCUUCGGCUGCGGCUCUGGCAGCUGGAGAACGAACCACGCCAUGCUGGCCGUGGGCUACGGCACGACCCGGAUGGGUGGGCACAACCUCAGCUACUGGAUCCUAAAGAACAGCUGGACAGAGAGGUGGGGAGAGCAGGGCUACAUGUUCCUGCUGAAGGACGCCGGCAACCAGUGUGGGGUGGCCAACCAGGCCAGUUACCCCCUGCCCUGAGCCAGGACAGCCCCCCCUCCCCACCCCAGCUGAGCUUCCACGGCUGUUUCCUUCUGGAAAUGGGGCUUUUCUUCGUGUGCAGCAAGAAGCAAUUAAAAGUGGCAUGGUUA